AUGGUCAACGGAUGCCAGGUGUCGAUGCACACGACAGAGGACCAAUUUGUCGGGCCAGGGCGGAUGCCGUGCCGCAUGUUUGCAAUGUCGGGAAACUUGACGGGUGCGGGGGUGGAGGCCCAAAUGUGGGCUGACGUGGACGGCCCUGGGCUGCUGUCGUACUAUUACGAAGAUUCAGAGGCCGUGGCUGCGCUUCGGUACGACAGCUUUCGUCAGCUUGUACGGGACAUUUGGGCGUUUUUGCGGCACUUCACCGGCGACUUGCGCUUCGCCAACGACUCGUAUGGUGACGCGGGUGCGGAGGGGUUGAUGGGGGAAAUGGUUGGCGAGGAUGUGAACGGAGGAGCUGCGGUGGAUCGCGGCCGGGCCCGGCACGGUCCCAUGCGUGUGUAUCGUACCUCCGAAACCAGGGUGGUGGUCAAGGCGCCCACCGGCUGCAAGUACCGCUACACGACACAAUGA